UCUUGCUACGGGGCUUGCAAUACGAUCCACUGGAGUGCGCCAAUUCUCCGUCAAAUCCUGUCAAAAGUCGAAAAUUUCUGUCUCUGAUCUUCCAACUUGCAAAGCAGGACCCACGGACGCCCUGAAGCUGGCCAGAUUUUUCUCAAAUUUUGGACGAGACUUUAAAAAAAACUGACUCACAAUGGAUGAUGAUUGGGAUGAUGAACCCAGCCCUGGAUGGGGAGGAGCAAUUGCUCAAACAAAUCCAAGUGCCAGCGAGUCUAAUAGCUUCAGCGGAAAUUCUGGCUUCAGCCAAGGUGGUUUCAACAGAAGCAACGAUCAGGGCUCGCGCUUUGGUGGCAACAACGACAGGGGUGGCGCAUACAGCGGAGGCAACGACUUUGGAGGGGGCAAUCGAGGUGGAGGACGAGGUGGCGGUUAUGGAGGCCGUGGUGGCAGAGGCGGCUCUUUUGGCAACAACAAUGGUGGAGACCGCUUCGGUGACAACAAUUCCGGAGGCUUUGGAGGCGGCAGCAAAUUCGGAGACAGUGGAAGCUUUGGAGGCGGCUCGGAUGGUGGAAACAGAAGAGGUGGCUUCAGAAAUGAAAAUUCUGGAGGCCGUGGUGGUGGAGGCUUUGGCGGCGGAAAUGGAGGUGGCCGCUUUGGCAAUGACGAUAAUGGAGGUGGUGGCUUUGGAGGCGGAAGCAGAGGCGGCCGCUUUGGCAAUGAUGACAAUGGAGGUGGUGGCUUUGGAGGUGGAAACAGAGGCGGCCGCUUUGGUAAUGAUGACAACGGAGGUGGUGGCUUUGGAGGCCGAAACAGAGGCGGCCGUUUUGGCAAUGAUGACAACGGAGGCGGAAGCUUUGGAGGCGGAGGCUUCGGAGGUGGUAAUGGAGGCCGCUUUGGCAACGACAAUGGUGGCAAUGAUGACUUUGGAGGCCAAAGAAGGGGAGGCGGAGGAGACUUUAAUGGAGGCACCAGAGGAUUUGGAGGAGGAAGAGGUGGCAGAGGCGGCGGUGGACGCUUUAAUGAUGACGGAAAUGGAUUUGGAGGCAACAGUGAAGGAGGCCGCUUUGACAGAAAUGGCCAGGACGAUGGCGAGGGAGGGCCAAGGAAAGAGCCCUACAUUCCUCCUGAUGUUUCCACUGACGAAAAAGACCUGUUUGAAGGGUACUCAGCUGGAAUCAACUUUGACAAGUACGAGAAAAUCAAAGUUGAGGUUAAUGGAGACGGCUCGCCUCCUGCUAUUGAUGACUUCAAAACUUGUGAUCUGCGUGGUGUUUUGGUUGAAAACGUCCUUAAAGCCAAGUACACUAAGCCCACACCUGUCCAAAAAUAUGCCAUUCCAAUUAUCAAAAAUGGCCGAGACUUGAUGGCUUGUGCCCAAACUGGCUCAGGCAAAACUGCUGCAUUCCUGCUCCCUAUCAUGCACGUCUUGCUGGAAAGCAAGGAAUCUUUGUCUGUUUCUUCCACAGGGGCUGUGGAGCCAAAGUGUUUGAUCCUCUCGCCCACUCGCGAGCUUGCCAUGCAGAUCCACAAGGAGGCCCUAAAGUUUGCCUUCAACACCAUUCUCAAAGUGGGGCUCAUUUAUGGCGGCACCGGUUCCAACCACCAAAUGAGCAAAAUUGCUAGCGGCUGCCACAUUAUCGUCGCCACACCUGGUCGCCUUGGCGACUUCAUCAACCGUGGAAAGCUCUCUUAUGAGAAGAUCCAAUUCAUUGUUCUUGAUGAAGCUGACAGAAUGCUGGACAUGGGAUUCCAGAUGGAUAUCGAAAGAAUGAUGAACCACGAUGCUAUGCCUAAACCUGGAAGCAAGACCACGGUGAUGUUCUCUGCCACCUUCCCUAAUGAAAUCCAGCGCAUUGCCAGCAAAUACUUGAUCAACUACUUGUAUGUUGUGGUCGGCAUGGUUGGAGGUGCUUGCUCUGAUGUCACCCAAAGCUUCCUCCAAGUGCCUAAGUUUGACAAGAGAGAGAAAUUGGUGGAAAUGCUCAGAGCAGAAGAUCCAAACCACAAGGUUAUGGUCUUCACUGAAACCAAGAAGACUUGCGACUUUGUGGCUGCCUACCUGUGCGAAAUGCAGGUAUCUAGCACCAGCAUCCAUGGUGAUCGAGAGCAGCCUGAGCGAGAGAGUGCCCUGAGAGCCUUCCGUCAGGGCAAACACAGAGUCCUCGUUGCCACUAAUGUUGCAGCCAGAGGAAUUGACAUCGCCGGGGUGCACUUGGUGAUCAACUACGACCUUCCCAAGGAAGUCGAUGACUACGUCCAUCGCAUUGGACGAACUGGACGUGUGGGCCACACAGGAAAUGCAAUUUCCUUCUUUGAUGACAAGUACGACCAAAAUCUUGCCCCUGCUUUGAUCAAAAUUCUGACUCAAGCUGAGCAGAAUGUUCCUGAGUGGCUGUUAAGUUUGGGAGGUGGUGGAUUCAUGAGUGGAAGCUCUUUUGGCGGUGGAGGACACUCGGACAUCAGGUCCUGCUCUGCUGUACAAGCACCACAAGCACCUCCCCCUGCUGCAGCUGAAGAUGACGAGUGGUAAAUUGCUCCCACAUAUACCAACAAGAGGUCUAACUUGAUCAUAGCCAUAACAAUUUUCAUAUAAUUACUCAAGCAAUCAAUUGAAUUAUUGCUACCUGAAUCGCGUUCUAAAGCUGCGACGUAAUGAUUUAUUUUUUUGGAAAUUAACAAUUUAAGUGGUCUGUUCUCAAAUGUUAUUCAACAUUGUAUAAAUCUAAGUACAAUAAGUACGGAAGACAAAUAAAAUUUGGACAGCAUCAAAA